AUGUUCAUGAUUAUUCAUGCUCUGUUAACUUCAGUUUCUCUAACAGCUUUGGGAUCCCAGAACACAACAAUGCAUUUUGUGACUGAGUUUGUUCUUCUGGGUUUCCCUGGUGAAAGGGAGAUGCAGAUGUUGUUCUUCUCAUUAAUCCUGGUGGUCUACCUCCUGACGCUGCUGGGGAAUGGGGCUAUUGUCUGUGCAGUGAAAUGGGACAGGCGGCUUCACACACCCAUGUAUAUCUUCUUGGGAAACUUUGCCUUCCUAGAGAUCUGGUAUGUUUCCUCCACUGUCCCAAACAUGCUGGUCAACAUCCUCUCUGAUACCAAGACCAUCUCCUUCACUGGCUGCUUCAUCCAAUUCUAUUUCUUUUUUUCACUUGGUACAACAGAGUGUUUCUUCCUAUCAGUUAUGGCCUAUGAUCGGUACUUGGCCAUCUGUUGCCCACUGCAUUACCCCUCCAUCAUGACUGGGAAGUUCUGUGUGGUCCUAGUCUGUGUUUGUUGGGUGAGUGGAUUUCUCUGCUAUCCAGUCCCCAUUGUCCUUAUCUCCCAACUUCCCUUCUGUGGACCCAACAUCAUCGACCACUUUGUGUGUGACCCAGGCCCGUUGUUUGCACUGGCCUGCAUCCCUGCUCCUUCCACUGAGCUUAUUUGCUACACCUUCAACUCAGUGAUUAUUUUUGGCCCCUUCCUUUCCAUCUUGGGAUCUUAUACCCUGGUACUCAGAGCUGUGCUUCGUUUUCCCUCUCAUGCUGGUAGAACUAAAGCUUUCUCCACGUGCGGGUCCCACCUAAUGGUGGUGUCUUUGUUCUAUGGAACCCUUAUGGUGAUGUAUGUGAGCCCAACAUCAGGAAACCCAGCAGGAAUGCAAAAAAUCAUCACUUUGGUAUACUCAGCAGUGACUCCGCUCUUAAAUCCACUAAUCUACAGUCUCCGAAACAAAGACAUGAAAGAUGCCUUAAAGAAAGUCUUGGGAUUAAGAAUUCAUCAAAACUGA